UAGUACUUCUAGUAACACCAAGAAUUUCAAGAGUUGUUUGAAGAAAUCAAUGGAAAGACCAGAUGGUGGACAAUAUUCUGGUGUUCACUGCGGUGAUAUUUUGGAAACUGAACUUAUUCUUAUCAGAGACGAGAGGGAAGAGCGCAAUCUUUUUUUCCAUGGAAAUAAGUUGGGCAAAAAAUAUAUAAAUAAUGAAAUUUUACUGCACAAUAAUUCUGAUACCAAAACAUUAACUUGCGUAGUUGAAUACGACAUUGAUGACACUCUAGAAAUAAAGGAAGAAAUCAUUCAAGAUCUACAAAUCAAGAGUGAGUCGAAGAAAUCAGGAGGAAGAUCAGACGGUGGGCCUUAUUGUUUUAAAGCUCCUGAUAUUAUUUUUAUGAAUGCCAGUACCUUAGUUAAAUCCGAAAUUGAAGAAACUUUGGAUAUAAACGAAGAAAUCAUCCAAGAUUCAGAGACUGCAGACCAAGAACGGGAUAAAAUAUCUAAUUUGAAAGUGUGUACCGUAGAUAUAAAAGGAAAUUAUAUUUUGCCGGUUAAAAAAAGUCUGCGCAGAAAAAAGAAUCAUACGGGCGAGGAAUCUAAAAAUGAAAAAAGGUACAAAUGCGAAAAAUGUGCCCGAAGCUAUAAAUGGAGCGAAAAUUUGCGUCGUCAUAAAAAAUUCGAAUGUGGCGUCAUGCCACAGUUUACAUGUCAAUUUUGUGGGAACCAAUUUAGUCGAAAAUGUAACAUGAAGAGCCAUAUAGAUAUUGUGCAUUUCAAAACAUCGAACAGAUCAAUCUUACAGAAGUUGAAAAGAAAGCAUAAUUCCUUAAAAGGUGUAGGAAACGCAGCAGACGUUCCACACUUUAUUUGCGAUAUUUGCGAUUACAAGUCAAAACGAAAAGAUUACUUGCUAAAUCAUAUGAAGUCACGCCACUCGCUGAAACCGAAAACGAAGUAUAAUUGCGACAAAUGUUCUCGAAGUUACAGUUGGAUAUGUGAUUUAAAUCGGCAUAAACAGUUAAAACACGCAGAAGUCAAACCACAAGUAUUUUGCGAUUUUUGUGGACAUAAAACGAAUAUGAAAAGUAGCUUGGCAAAACACAUUAUUGCACGUCAUCUCAAUAAGUCAUACAGUAAUAAAUAAAAAAACGCAGUUUUACCUUACAUUGAAUGCUUGUGUAGACCUCAUAUUACUUUUAUUGAAAGUCACUAAUUCAUACUCAAUUUUACUUUUUGAUGUUUCUGACUGAGUGAAUUUAUUCUCCAUGGAUGUCGACUUGAAUUUCUUUUCUUAAAUGCAAAAAUUUCUAUCAAAUGUUUUUUUUUUAAUUUAAAAGAAUGGAUGUAGAUUUAAGAAUUUAUCGAUUAUUUGUCAUUUUCUUUAUGAUCUAGUUCCAAUUUUAAAUACUCAAUAAUCAGUUCAUGAAAGUAAACUGAACUUGUUUCAAUAAUUUGAGUUUAAAAAUGAUAUCUACUUCUGUAUUGACUUUGUUUUUUGUUCAUAAAUUGGUUCAAUAUUAACUGCAUCUGGCUUUUGUGGUGUUUGCCUUCUUUAUUGUACAAAGUAGUGCAUCAUUAUUCGAACAAGCUACUGUGUAAUGCGACACGAAUUUGGUAAACAAUUGAUUAUUUUCAUAGUUCCUACAGCUAUAUUACGCGUAUUAAUAACACUUAAAUUGUUAUUAAUAUAAGAAUAAUACACGUCUAAUACACAGCAUCUGCGUUGCUGUAUCUUCUACUAGUAUUAAAAAUUACUGAAUGUAUUCUAUGAGUUAAUAAAAUAAUAAAUUUUCUUUUAUAU